AUGGACCAGGACAAUGUAGUGCGCAGCUAUAAGUACACUCCCUUGACCUUCCUGCCCCGUAACCUGUAUGAGCAGUUCCAGCGUGCAGCAAACUUCUUCUUCCUGCUCGUUGUAAUCAUGCAGUGUAUUCCUGCUAUUGCUACUCUUUCGUGGUACAUCAUCAUGCUGCCUCUGGUGACUGUACUGACAAUUCGUGGGACAAAGGACCUGCUCACAGACCUGAGCAGCUUAACACACUCGGAGGAAAGCGCUCUGUGCAUGCAUGACGCACAUGAUUGGCUAAUGUCUCUGAUGGACAGCUUCACAGCAGCACAGUGGAAAGAUGUAUGUGUUGGAGAUGUACUGAGAAUUCAUAGGGACCAGGUGAUACCGGCAGACCUGUUCCUCUUAUGCAGCACUGAACCCCACAGCUUAUGCUAUAUCGAGACAGCUGACAUAGAUGGAGAAACCAACCUGAAAUUUCGCCAGGCUCUGAGUAUCACCCACAAUGAAUUGACAAGUGGUCCAGUAGAAGAGCUUCUCCAGUUUUUUGAUGGGGUUGUUUGGUGUGAGGAGCCAAACAGUCGCCUGUAUUCUUUCAAAGGGGAGUUACACUGGCAGGGACAGUGUUAUCUGCUGGACAAUGAUCACAUACUGCUCAGGCAAACUGUACUGCGCAACACUGACACUGCAUAUGGCCUUGCAAUUUACACAGGCUCUGACAGUAAGAUUCUCAGGAACAGUGGAAACCUGAAAAUGAAGAAGACCCAGGUGGAGAAGUUUCUUAACAAAGUAGUAGGGAUGAUUGUCCUCUCAAUGCUGAUUAUCGCUCUACUCUUGGCUGUGGGAUGUGCACUCUUUGAGCAUUUGAUUUCCCCAAAUAUCGAAGUUCUCGCUGCCAUAGAUGGCAAUUUCAAGGCUGCCUACUGGGGAUUCCUGACCUUUUGGGGCUAUAUUGUCCUGCUAAGCCCUGCAAUGCCCCUAUCCCUCUACAUCUCGUUUGAGCUGAUCCAUGUGGUGCAAUGCGUCCUGAUCGAUUGGGACAUUGAAAUGUACUGUGAGGAGAGCAACAGCCCUGCACAGGUCCAAACAAAGUCUUUGUCUGAGGAACUGGGUCAGGUGGGCCACCUGCUCACUGAUAAGACGGGUACUCUCACACAGAACCACCUCCUGUUUCGCCAGUGCUGCAUUGCUGGGCAGAUUUACGGUCUGUACACUACUAUUUUUUUUUUUUUCCAAUUAUCAUCUCAUUACCAUUUAAUGGAAUAUUUAAAGAUUAUGAGAGAUUUGGCAGCAAAUUCAAAGCCACUGGACCUGAGCUGGAACUGCUUUUCAUGUGGCGGGCUGCCCUUCUCUGACCAGCGGCUGGUGGAUCGUUUGCGGGGACAGAGCUGCCCCGAGAGCAGAGAAUUCUUCACUGCCCUGGCACUGUGUCACACUGUCAUGUGUGAGUGGAGAGAUGGGUUUCCUCAUUACCAGGCAGCGUCUCCAGAUGAGCAGGCUCUGGUGUGUGCAGCUCGAGAGCUGGGCUGGGUGUUCCUGUCUCGCACACGCGAUUCCCUCAUGGUGAGCGAGCUGGGAAUCACACGUCAGUACCAAUUGCUGGCCCUGCUGGAGUUCACCAGCAAGAGGAGGUGCAUGUCAGUGCUGGUGAGAACAUCAGAGGGAGCAAUAAAACUCUACUGCAAAGGUGCGGAUGCUGUGGUUCUAGAGCGUUUACAAAAAAGCAAUAUGCAUGAAGAAAACACAAAGCAAGCACUUGAGGUUUUUGCUCAGAGCUGUCUACGGACAUUUUGUGUAGCUGUGCGCUCUGUAUGUGAAGCUCAGUGGGUGGAGUGGAGUCAUGCUCUCCGGCAGGUUGCCAUUGCAACCACUUGCCAAGAGAGUAUGCUGGAGGAGCUACAUGACCGAAUGGAAAGAGAACUGACGAUCCUUGGGGUGGCAGCUAUUGAAGACCGUCUACAAGAAGGCGUCCCAGAGACCAUUGUCAGCCUCCGGCAGGCAGGAGUGAAAGUGUGGAUGCUGACCGGAGAUAAGACUGAAACAGCUGUGAAUGUGGGUUAUGCCUGCAAGUUGAUUGAUCCAGAAACAAAACUGUUUCAAGGCGAGGAGCUCAGAGAGAUUCUUCAGUCUCCAUGUAAAGAAUUGUGUUUCAAUAAAAAUAAAGUGUCUCAUGUUUGGAGCACACACAAAAUGUCUCAAUGGAGAAAAUCUGCCGUUGUUGUUGAUGGAUUUGAACUUGAAAAUCUGAUCAAGACACCUGAGUUGGGUGCCAGGUUUGUGUAUUUGUGCAACCAGUGCCAGUCAGUGCUGUGUUGUCGUGUGACCCCAGGGCAGAAGGCUGAAAUUGUAGAGUUGGUAAAGAAGUUUGCUUCCUCCAUCACAAUGGCAAUAGGAGAUGGUGCCAACGAUGUGAAUAUGAUUAAGAUGGCACAUAUAGGGGUUGGUGUACGUGGUGUAGAAGAUGGUCAGGCUGUACAGAAUGCAGACUUUGCACUGGCACAGUUUCGCUUCUUGCGCAGACUGCUGCUGGUCCAUGGUCACUGGUCUUACCACCGCAUCUGCAGCUUUCUGAAUUACUUCCUGUAUAAAACAACUUCCUUCGCUCUGGUGAACAUCUGGUUCAGCUUGUACAAUGGCUUCAGUGCCCAGGUUAUGUAUGAGAGCUGGUUUAUUUCCCUUUACUCCAUUUUGUACACAUCCCUGCCUGUUCAGUGCUUGGGUUUAUUUGACCAGAACAUGAGUGCUGAGAGCUGUAUUCGCUGGCCAGAGCACUAUAUGGUUGGACAGAGGCAGGAGCUUUUCAACCCCAUCACCAUCUUUGUGACAUUGAUCUACGCCAUCUAUACCUCCAUCAUCCUCUUCUUCUUGCCCUUUGGGGUAUUUCAGGACUCAGACUUAGACUAUCAGACUUUGGCUGUUACUGUGGAAAUGUCAGCUGUUUUCUCAGCUACUGUUGAGAUCAGUCUACAGACUAAAUACUGGACUAAGUACAAUUUUGCUGCAGUGUUCCUCAGUCUGGUUCUGUUUUUCCUGAGCACCAUUAUCCUUCAUAGCCCUCGUCUGUUUACAUCUUCCCCCAAAGACUACAAUUUCUUUGGAGCUUCAUUAAACGCCUUCGCCAAUCCUGUUGUAUGGUUGGCAUCAUUUCUAACUAGCUGCACUGCUGUCUUGCCCUCGAUUACAAGACAAGCUCUAAAAGUGAUCCUGGUGAACCCCAACAAACACAAGAUCCAUUCAUUAAAGGAGCCAGUUGAGCUACAGUCAUGGAUCAGGAAAGAAUCUCCUCAUCACCAUUUGUCCUAGGUAAAGUCCUCGAGGCCCUAUUGAGCCCACUGUGGAUGAGACAGGAAGGAUGGUUUCCCCACUAAACAUACUGUAUGGAAAACACAAUAAAAAUACACUCCAAGAACAUUAGCAUGAUAUUAUCUUAGACAGGACUAAAUAGAUUGAUGGAUUGCUUUUCUAUAAAACAGACUAAACACAAUUUUUCAGUUUCUAUUUUGUGUAAGACACUAGGCCACUUUAAUUAAAUGUAUAUCUUUGAUAUUGAUAUUGAAGCUGUGUGCACAUACAUGAAAAGAUCCAGGUUUAAUCUAUUUUGAAUGGCAUUAUUCAUCUUAAUUUAUUUUCAUAGCUUGCUGAGUAUUUUAUCCACAGUUAGAUUAGACCACAUGUUAGUUACAAAUAGAAAUAUGGGCAAUAGUUACAUAGAGAGAUAUGUAAUGUUUACAAAGUGUUUAAGCUGUCAUUUAUGCAGACUCUCAAGCCACUGUGGGCUUUUACUGUAACACGUUCAUUUUUUAUUGCACUGACACGGGCGGUCACUCACAUUUUUGUUGAUAGUCAAAAAAAGGCAAGAAAGAGAGAGAAUAGUUUAAAAGGGAGAGCGACACUCAUUUGGGCAGCAUGAAAAUAAAAUAUGGAUCAUGAGUCGUGAUAUGGAAGAUAAGGAUGAAUGAAUGGUGUUUGUUUUGUGCCACACAUAAUUCAUGAAUGUUGUUCUUCAUUCAUUCAUGCACUUUCAGGUGCCUUUGUUGAUACCCAAGAAAGCAUAUUGUUUGUAGAAAACAUGAAAUAAGGGUAAUGUUAUUAUAUACUAUAGAGCCAUUUGUACUUAUAUGUUUAUAUUUAUAUCAUAUUUAUCCCCCCACACAAAAGAACAACAACAAAAAAAACCCCAUCUAGAGUCCCCCAAUGUAUCUCGGCCAUUUCCACCACUGAUUGUAUACACUGUAUGUCAAUGUUCUGUCACAUGAACAAGAUGUACAAGAUGUACAGUAUAUCAAACAUUCGCUCGACUUUAUUAUUUUUAAAUUUGUAAAUUUACUGGAAACUUAAAAAUAUUUUUUAAAUGGAAAUUUGGGACAUUAUACUGUACAAACACGUUGAACAAUUGAUUUUAUAAAAUCCUUCAACAUGCCCAUUCAACAUAUUCCUGCUAUUAUGUUAUGGUAAUAAACAGGGAUGUGUUCAAGGCUUUUCAAAUAAAGGAUAAAGAAAUCAGAUAUUCCCAAUUAGCUGAUGAUACCCAUCUUUUAUUGAGCCAUAAAGCUGUUAAGAAUACAAUUAUAUGUUGUCGUACUCUGUAUCCGGUCUUAAAAAAUAUAGAAAAUGUGAAAUGUGAACAGUGAACUGCUCUUGGAAAGGUGGUGUAUUUUUCCAUAUGCAAUGUUCUUCUUAAACAUGUGAUGUAAACUUUUUCCCUACUAUAUAUUCACUUGAGGGGAAAAAAACGAGACUAUCAUUCUUUAAAUGAAUGAAUACAUUGUCUAAAUCUGAAGCCUUAUCUAGCUUUGGUAAUGCUUCAUUACUUCUGGAUAUCCCUUUAGUUAUUAGGAAAAUUGACUCUAAACUUUUAGAAUGUAUAUGGAGAAAUAAAUAUCAUUACCUUAAAAAAGAAAUUAUCCUUUGACACCCACAUUAGAUUUUAACAUCCUUCCAUCUGGUGAUUUAUCUAGCAACUUUUUUGAACAUGCAUUAGCACAUGCGUUGAAUAUGAACAUGAGCUGUACAAUGAAAUGUAAUUGUAGACACUGUUUGUAUGUAAAUGUAUUUGUGUGUGUAUCAGGUUUGUAGGUGUAAUGCUUUUGUACUUAUAAUUAUUUGUAAUGCUUUUCAAUUCCACAGACUAUUUAUUUAUUUAUUUAUUUAUUACAAAUGCCUAUAUUUAUGUUUCACAAGUACAAAUUUUUUUUACAGGUUCACUUUUUUUUUUUUAUUUAAUAAGUAUAAAUUCUAUGAAUUCAUAAAAUAAUGGCAUUAAAAUGGUCUCAUAUGUGAUUUUUUUUUUUAUCUGGGUUGUU